AUGAAAAAUCUUAAAAUUCUCAUGAACUACAACGUAUGCCUUUGUGGAGACCCUAGUUAUAUCCCAAACAAUUUGAGAGUGCUUGAUUGGAAAAGACGUGCAUCCCGAUCUUGGCCAGCCAACUUUAGUCCAAAGGCACUAGUUGUGUUCAGUCUGCCUUACAACUGCAUCAAACAAAUAGGGGAUAGAUUGCAGUUGGAGAGUUUCCCAGAAAUUGUGGACAAAAUAGACUCCUUAAUUGAAUUGGACCUUGGGAGAACUGUGAUAAAAGAGUUGCCUGCAUCAAUUGGACAUCUCAUUGGGCUGGAAAUAUUGCGCUUAUCUAAAAGUGCUAUAAAAGAGUUGCCUGCAUCAAUUGGAAAUCUCAUUGGGCUGAAAGCAUUGAGCUUAUCUGAAAGUGCAAUAAAAGAGUUGCCUGCACCAAUUGAACAUCUAACUGCGCUUGAAAAGUUAAAUUUUACAAGAACUACAAUACAAAAACUACCUUCAUCCUUUGGAAAUUUCAAUGCCCUGAAAGAGUUAUGGUUAGGUGGAAUUGCUAUAGAAGAGUUGUCUUCAUCAAUUGGAAAUCUCAAUGGGCUUAAAGGAUUAGAUUUACAAGGAUGUGAAAACCUUGCAAAUUUGCCACAAAGUAUUUAUCAGUUGCAAAAUCGGGGGUAUAUUAAUCUCAGUCGAUGCCCAAAACUUGUCACACUUCCAAAUAACUUGAUCUCUGAAGUUUUAUCGAGUGCAGAAUCACUUCCUUUGGAGGUUCAAACCAACGCAAACAGUCCACACGAUGGUGACUUCGUGAGGCCGGGGGUGAUGUAUUUUGAAGAGUGCAAUGCAUCGAACAUUGAUUCCUUGGAGAAUUUUUGUUGCUGGUCCAACUUAACAAUAAUUAAUCUAUCCAAAAGCGAUUUUGUCAGUCUUCUUGUGUGCUUUAGCAAAUGUGUCAACUUGUGGGAGCUUAAUUUGAGGGGUUGCAAGAGGCUUGAAGAAAUUCUAGGACAACUUCCGGCGUCUAUAGCAAGGAUCGAUGUGGCUGAUUGUGUGUCACUGGAAAGAUUUUCAACAUUGCCAAAGAUAUUGAUGGCAGGACAUUUGAAAAGGUUGAUAUCUCUAGAUUUAAGGCACUCUGAAAACCUAACUGAAAUCCCCGACUUAUCCUGCAACCCAAACUUAAAGUUCUUGCAUGCAAGAUACUGUACAAGAUUAGUUGAGGUUCCUCCAUCCGUUGGAUCUCUUGAGCUUGAAGUAUUGGAUUUUCGUCACUGCCCUGAACUGAGGAAGUUUCCAAAAGAAGUUAGGUGGAAAUCUCUCAAACGUUUUCUUCUUUCCAAGUGCAAUAAGUUUGAGAGUUUCCCAGAAAUUGUGGACAAAAUAGAAUCCAUGUGUGACUUGAAACUAGAUGGAACUGCUAUAGAAUCAUUGCCUUCAUCAAUUGGACAUCUGAUUGGGCUUGAAGAUUUAAAUUUAGAAGGAUGUGAAAACCUUACAAAUCUUCCACAAAGUAUUUAUGGGUUGCAACAUCUCAAAUCUAUUAAUCUGAAUCGGUGCCCAAAUCUUGUCACACUUCCUUUUUUGGAGGUUCUAACCAUGUCAGACAUCGUUGGCUCAUUAGCAUUUCCUGAGCUAUGGAUUAUUCGUUUUGCAGAAUGCAAUUUAUCAGACACUGAUUCCCUGGAGAAUUUUAGUUGCUCGUCCAAAUUAUGGCGAAUUGAUCUAUCCAAAAGCAAUUUUGUCAGACUUCCUGUGUGCAUUAGCAAAUCUGUCUACUUGUGGUGGCUUGAUUUGCGUGGUUGCAAGAGGCUUGGGGAAAUUGUAGAACUUCCACUCUGUAUGGAAAACAUUGACGUGGGUGAUUGCAUAGCACUAGAAAGAUUUUCAACAUUGGAAGACGGAGACUUGCAACUCAUUCAUGAAGAGUUUCAGAUUGAGGUUCUACUUCCAGGCAGUGCAGUUCCAGAGUGGUUCAGUUGUCGUAAGGGUGAUGAGAUUGCAACUGAUGAUGAUGUAUGUGAACUUGUCAUUGAAAUCCCUCGGACUUUCAAAUGGGAGAACACGAGAUUGGUUUUAUGUGCUGCUUUGGAAAUUACGGAAGCAGUUGUUGGCCCUUGUAGUGUUGAUGCCUCGGUUACAAUCGAUGGAGUACGCAUAAAUGGUUUAGGUGAAGGUUCAGAAGAUGUAUCACGUAACAGAGCACCUCGAAGUGGGAAGAACACUGUUAAACAUUCAGAUUCCGAAGAUGAAUAUCCCAUUACAGAGCACAGCGAAGUGAGAAGAAAUAUAUUAAACAUUCAGAUUCAGAAGAUGAAUCACGUAAAAGACCAGGUCGAAGUGAGAAAAACCUUAAGCAUUCAGAUUCGGAAGAUGAAUCACAAAACAGAGCACGCCCAGGUGAGAAGAAUCAGUCCACAAAAAUUGGAAGAGAUGAUGGUCAAGGUGAUGCCAAGGGAAAACAUGACAAUUUAG